AGGUUUAGCCAGACUGUGGUUAGUUUAGCUAGCGAACCAACGCUAGUAAACGUGAACAAACUAAGCCGAGGGGGUUGUUACCUGCAGUCAUGUCAUCUGCUUUCGAUGCUCUGUGGGAGGACAGAGAUGUUCGCUUCGACAUAACAGCACAGCAGAUAAAAACACGUCCAGGAGAAGCACUCAUCGACUGCCUGGACUCCAUCGAAGACACGAAAGGAAAUAACGGAGAUCGAGGACGACUGUUGGUAACAAACCUGAGGAUCAUUUGGCAUUCUUUGGCCCUGCCAAGAGUCAAUUUGUCUGUGGGUUACAACUCCAUCCUUAACAUCACAACAAGGACAGCUAACUCAAAAUUGCGAGGCCAGACAGAAGCGCUCUACAUCUUGACAAAGUCCAACAACACAAGAUUUGAGUUCAUUUUUACCAAUGUGGUUCCUGGAAGUCCCCGGCUCUUUACUUCUGUUAUUGCGGUCCACAGAGCCUACGAGACAUCUAAAAUGUACAGAGACUUGAAAUUACGAGCCGCUCUCAUUCAAAAUAAGCAGCUGAGACUCUUGCCCCGGGAGCAAGUGUGUGAUAAAGUUAAUGGAGUUUGGAAUUUAUCCAGUGAUCAGGGUAACCUUGGCACCUUCUUUAUCACUAAUGUUCGGAUCGUGUGGCAUGCCAAUAUGAACGAGAGCUUCAAUGUCAGCAUUCCUUACCUUCAGAUUUGGUCUAUCAGAAUAAGAGACUCAAAGUUUGGCUUGGCUUUGGUGAUAGAGAGUUCACGCCAGAGUGGUGGCUAUGUGCUCGGCUUUAAGAUCGACCCAGUGGAUAAGCUUCAAGACGCACUGAAGGAAAUCAACUCCUUGCAUAAGGUGUACUCCGCCAACCCCAUCUUUGGAGUGGAGUACGAAAUGGAAGAAAAGCCCCAGCCGUUGGAAGAGCUGACAGUAGAACAGCUUCCUGAUGACGUGGAAAUUGAGCCCGAUGAGCAGACUGAUGCUUUUACUGCUUACUUUGCUGAUGGAAAUAAGCAACAAGACCGUGAGCCCGUUUUCUCCGAGGAGCUGGGCCUCGCCGUUGAGAAGCUGAAGGACGGCUUCACACUUCAAGGGCUGUGGGAAGUCAUGGGCUGAAACGAUUGGAGAUUAUGUCAUGUCAAAAGUUGUACAGUUUGUUCAUUGAUACUAUUUUAUGAAAGGACAUAUUUAUUGUGAGGAUAUUGUACAAAACAGGUUCUUGUAAUGGCUAGAAUGUAAAAAAAACAAUGCAGUUUUAAAGUUAUUAAAUGCAUUUAAAUAGAUA